UGGGCGUUGAGCAUCGCAGGCGAGGCGACGCAGUCGAACGCUCGGCGGAGGGAGGGCAGGACGGGCAGGCAUGGCCCUGAACAGCGGGGGAAACCCCUUCGAGGGGGAGACGGGGAAUCCCUUCCAGGACCCCGCCAUCGUUCAGCACAGGCCGACGUCGGAUUAUGCCACCUUGGAUGUCUACAACCCUUUUGACAGCACAGCGCAGCUGCCCCCUCCGUACGAUGCCCCUCCCGCCGUUUCACCGGCCCCCCCUGCAGCACCGCCAGCUCCUGCCGUGCAGCCCGCCAAGAAGCCAAGCCCCACCGAGCCCAAGAAUUACGGCUCCUAUGGCACUCAGGAGUCGACUGCGGCAGCCACGGCGGAACUGUUGAAACGGCAAGAGGAGCUGAACCGCAAAGCGGAGGAGCUGGACCGGCGGGAGCGAGAACUGCGGAACGCGGCUCUGAGUGGCGGAGCAGCCCAUCAGAACAACUGGCCUCCGUUGCCUUCCUUCUGCCCCGUGAAGCCGUGCUUCUAUCAGGAUAUCCCUUUGGAGAUUCCCGUGGACUCCCAGAAAACGGUCACGACCAUGUACUACCUCUGGAUGGCCAGCAUUGUGACCCUCUUCUUCAACUUCCUGGCUUCCCUGGCCUUCUUCUGCGUGGAUUCUGGGGGCGGCUCAGGCUUUGGCCUCUCAAUCCUCUGGGCCUUGAUUUUCACGCCCUGCUCCUUCCUCUGCUGGUAUCGGCCCAUGUACAAGGCCUUCAGGAGUGACAGCUCUUUCAACUUCUUUGUCUUCUUCUUCAUUUUCUUUGCGCAAGAUGUGGUGUACGUUCUCCAGGCCAUUGGCAUCCCAGGCUGGGGGUUCAGUGGUUGGAUUGUCAGCCUCACAGCGCUGAAGCUGAACACUGGGGUGGCCAUUCUCAUGAUGCUGGUGGCCACACUCUUCACGGUCGUCGCCGGACUCGGCAUCAUCAUGCUGAAGCGGAUCCACUCUCUCUACCGCCGCACGGGCGCCAGCUUCCAGAAAGCCCAGGAGGAGUUUGCCGCCGGCGUCUUCUCCAACCAAGCGGUGCGCACGGCAGCCGCCAACGCAGCGACCGGGGCGGCGAGCAACGCUUUCCGGCCUUCGUAAAGCCGUGUGCGUGUGUGUGCGCGCGCAUGUGUUAGAAAUCUGCCGCUGCUCUUCCUCUUCCGGCCCCUUCCCAACCGGGGCGGGGGCAGCUUCAACCGACGAGCCGAGUUGCACUUUCUCUCUCUCUCUCUCUCUCUCCCCCCCUUCCUCCUCGGAAGUCCUUUCUGUGUGUGCUGAUUUUAGAAGGCUGUACUCUUCCUGCCCCACCCCCAUCCUUUCACUCCCCCCACACCACCACCCAGCAUGGAACCGGCGGCUCCGCCUCAUCUCCUGCAGCCGCAACCGUUCUGCAAGACAUUUUGCCUCUUCGCCUCGGUGCCGGAUCUCCCAAGGCUGCAUGGAGGAUGGAGGCCUUGUUUUGGAGCGACUCUUCAUUUGCCAGAGCCUCUUCACGUGCCCCCACCCCUCCUUCAGCUUAGCCCAGGUGGGGUGAGGCAGGGGCACUUCCCCGAGUUCCCCAAGUUUCUUCCUUUGAGCUGCAACCGUGGGCUGCCAGAUCCUCGCCUCUCCCACAAUUCUCUCUGCCUCUCUUGCUUCCUGAUUGGUUGCCCCCUUUGGUUAAACAGGGGCAGAGGCUCUCUGCCCUAAACAUCUUCCCUGCAGGUGGAAAACAGAGCAGGAAGAACUACACUGGCAGUAAAAGGGGUCCCCCUCCUCCGGUUUGGUGCAGAGGGGUGCUUCCUGGACCCUUGUUUGUGUGCGCGCGCGUUUGUGGCCCCCUCUGCACUAUGCAUAUAAAGCAGGAUCAUGCCACUUUAUAAACAGUCACGGCUUUCCCCCAGAGGAUCCUGGGAAAGUAGUCUUGUCAACAGCGCCGAGACCUGUUAGUAGGCCUUCUUUCCCCUCACACAGUUAUUAGAGGGGUUUAGCCAUCACUCCAUCUUCCUGGGGAACUGGGAAUUGUAGCCCUCUAAUGUGUCCUAGCAUCUCUUGGUACGCUCCCAGGAUUCUUUGGGGGAAGCCAAAGUAGCUGCUUAAAGCGGUAUGACACCACAAAUGUAAAAUGCAUAGUGCAGGUUGGGGGCCUGUGAGUGUGUGUCCGUCUGUGGGAGAAGAGGCACUUGGCUCUCUUUCUGCUAUGCCCUCUUUAUUAGCUCACUGCUGCGUUCAGAGCGGCCAUUGCUGCUGCUGCUGCUGGCGCUCCCUUUCAAGGCUCUCUCCUCCAACAAGUUUUAUAGGGCUUUUUCUUGCCGGUGCUGGCCACUGGAGGGGGGUGUUGGCCUACACAGUCACCUGCUUUAUUUCAGUAAAUAGAACAGUACUGGGUUAUUUUGACCCCCUUGUGUUUUUGAGCUGGACCCUUGCGGGUGAUGCUACCGAGUUUCGUCUCCAUGACUUCUGCUUUCCCCAUAUGGCUUGUGGGCAGGGAGCUCUGUGCCCCAAAUCUUUGUGCCCCAACUCUCCCUAGGUUUUUCAUCCGUUGCAGCCCUGCCUUAUCUUUGAUGCUGUGUGUCUUCAUUUUUUUUUUAAGUGGGGGGAGGUGGGGUUGAUAUAAAUAGGUAUCUGUUUCUGGGUGGCACCCUUUUAGAGGUUCCCUGGCACUUCCCGUUCCUUCUAUUCCUCCAGAUCUGGGGUGUGUGCGCGAGCCUGCACCCCACUAUCCAAAUUCCGCUUAAAACGGUCUAUUCCUUCUUUCCGUCCCCACCUGCGCUCGCCUUAUUUUCCUGAACCAUGGCUUAAGAAAAGGAAACAGGUGAGGGUUGGGGGGUCUGAGGCCCAGCCACGUCCCCUUCCUCUUCCUGUGCCCCGAAGGCCUCCUUUUGUGGCCUGGGAUGCUCUGAAUAGCAAAGGGGACCUGCCGAUUUCUUCUCCCCCAGGUUUCGGUUUCACACCUGUGCUCUUUCUGUCUCUCUUUCUCUCAGCUCCUGCCGGUUCCAGGUCUCAUCCUUAGCCCAGAGGCUUUAUCCUCUCUUCCGUGGCUCAUUCCGUUUGUUUGACCCCUGAAGGCCAACCGCCCUUCUCCUUUUCCCUGCGUCUGAAAUUAUUGGGCUUGUACCGCGUAGCCAAUGUUUCCCUGACUCACUCGUUGCUCUUCCUCUCUCCCCCCCCUCCAAAAAUGUUGGACUUUCUUGUCCAUGCGUGCGUGGUUCUUCCUCCACUCCCAACUUUUUUUAUUAUUUAUUUUGCUGUGCCAAAUGCAAGAUGACUUAACAGAACUUUAUUUAAGGAAUAAACUACAUUUUAACUC